AUGCCGGGUUCACCCAUUAUGAAUGGUGUAACUGAAAGACGAAAUAGAACUCUUAAAGACAUGGAUCCUAUUCCUGAACAAGAUCAUGACAUCAUAAAUCAAGACAAUGUCGAAGAACAAACUGUUAUGGAAAAACAAACUCUUUCUUUUCAAGAAACAGUGACAUUAAGAAGAUCUAUUAGAGAAAGGAGAAAUGCAGUGCUAGAUGAUUACAUUAUUUUUCUCCAAGAACAUGAGGAUGACUCUGGACUGAUGGAAGAUGAUCCAAUCAACUUUCGUCAAGUCAUGGAAAGUUCAAAUUCUCAAAAGUGGAUCGAUGCCACAAAUGAGGAGAUUAAAUCCAUAAAAGACAAUGAUGUUUGGGAUCUUGUCACAUUGUCAGAAGGAGCGAAACUCAUUGGUUUGGCGCAUUUCGAUCUUGAGUUACAUCAGAUGGAUGUAAAGAUAGCAUCUCUCAAUGGUAACAUUGAUGAGACAAUUUAUAUGGUGCAACCAAAAAACUUUGUAUCAGGAGAUCCAAAGAAUAUUAAAACAAAAGAUUAUAUGCUCACGUAUCGGAAGUCAGAUGAGUUAGAGAUCAUUGGGUAUACUGAUUCCGAUUAUGCUAGAUGCCAAGAUACUAUGAAGUCAACGUUAGGCUAUAUCUACUCGUUGGCUAGAGGUGCCAUAUCUUGGAAGAGUGCUAAACAGUUCCUCAUAGCAUCUUCUAUUAUGGCUACAGAAUUUAUAACUUGUUAUGAGACAUCCAAUCAAGGAAUUUGGCUGCGAAAUUUCGUCACAGGAUUACGUGUAAUGGAUAGUAUUGAAACACCACUCAAAUUAUUUUGUGACAAUAAAUCAGCAAUCCUAUAUUCUAAUAAUAACAGGAGUUCGAAGAAAUCUAAACAUAUAGAUAUCAAGUUCCUGACUGUUAAAGAAAGAGAGCAGAGUGAACAGUUAUCGAUAGAGUAUAUCGGGACAAACUUCAUGGUUGCAGAUCCGCUUACUAAGGGAUUGCCACCCAAAAUAGUUCAUGAGCAUACUGUUUGUAUGGGUGUCAUGUUGUUAAAUGAUGUACAGUUUUAG